CAAUGAUAUUCAGACAGAAUACGAAAAUGUUAAAAAGGAUUAUGAAGAAAUGGAGAGGAAGUUUGAAUCUGUUGCAAAACGAAAUAAAGAACUACUGGUGCAGAAUAUCAAGGUCGAGAAAGAUAGGGACGAACAGAUUCGGUCAUGCAUGGUUUUAGUGGAAAAAGAUAUUGAAAAUCAACAGAAGAUGUUGGACCUCAAAAACAGUGAAGAAUCUUUAAAGCUUCUUUUAAAGACACGAGAGACAGAACUGCAAGGAAAAGAAGAGGUCAUACAGAAGAAAAAUAGUGACAUGGUGGCCCUAAACAAGCAUAUUUGUGACAGCAAGAUCUACAUAGAAAAACUGCAGGGUCGUAAAGAUGACAUUACUGUGCGUAAAGCAAAAGAUGACUUGUUGCACAAAGAAACCGUGGAAAGUCUGCAGAGCCGAAUAGAGCAAUUGGGGGCCCAGAAAAGAAAAGACGACUUGUUGCAUAAAAAGACUGUUGAAUGUCUGCAGAGUCGAAUUCAAGAAAUGUCCGCCGAAAAAACAAAGGAAAAUAUUGAACAUACGGAUACUGUGAAAAAACUGCAAGCACUCGUAGAUGAGGAAAGGAAAACCCGUUUUGAGUUAAGUUAUCAGUAUAGCCAGCUGAUACAGGCAAAGCAAGCACCCGAAAACGUAAAGAAACUGGGCAACCCAGAACAUAAAAUACAAAGUUUAUUGCUGCUGAGACAAGAUAAAGAACAACAAACUGAGCUCAGUCAUUACAUAGCAGAUCUCAGUGACGAAAAAAGACCUACCAAACUUGCGGAGGAUUUUUCAGAGUUAUAUGAUAAUGAAUGGACGGAUGCUUUUGGAGAAGUUGGUAUAGAAAAUGAUAAACAGAAAGUCGACUUCUUGUUGAGACUGUUAAAUCGCGCCAAUGAGAUAUGCCGGAACGCAUCCACUGAAUACACAAGCGCCAUAAAACGAGGCUUUUGUACACUUGUCGUCGAGACUGACCCGACAACGGGAGAAGUGUAUGGUGAAGUACCUGGGAGACUUGCAUCGGUUGGCUCCAAGGGAACGAGAAAAGGAACGGACAAUGGACACGGAAGAACGAAUGCAGCAAAACAAAAAAAAGUUAUCGAAACGGAUUUUGAGCAAACACUGAGAAACGAACAGAAGAAAACUGUCAUGGAAAUAGGAAAGUUUUUCAAGGAACGGCUUUCAGAAGACGUGGAGAAGGUCGGAACUGAGAUCAUAUUGGAAGAACAAAAUAUAAAUCAACACUCGGAGGCUGUUGCAGCGUACAUUCGGAAGUGCAUGAAUAUCUGCUGGUCAAUGUGCAGACAUAUGCCACCUAUGCAUGUUGAUGUCCCUGAUGUUACUGGAUGCAUUCAUUUUGAUACAAAUAAGUACAAACCCUACACAAAAAGCGGGAGUUAUGUGCACUAUAUUGUCUGGCCUGCUUUGUACCUUCAUGAAGGGGGACCUGUGUUGUGUAAGGGUGUUGCUCAAGGAAGAAAAUAAGUUAUAAAUGUUAACAUGUAUGACGUUUUUAAAUCAAUGUACUUGGAAACCAUGCUCAUGAAGAUAAUAAUUCUGACAAAUCAUCGUCAGAGUAGGAAAGUAUGAAGGAGCGGAUCUUACAGCCGUUGUUGCAAGUUUUCUAGUAUUUGAAUAUUGUAGUCUUAAUGAAAUUUAUAAUUGUUGAACAACAUUUCAUUUAAUCUUCUGUUCCUUCUGUUGUAAACUUAUUUCAUUUUGACUGCAGUAUAACUGUAAAAAGAACAUAUAAAAUUGUAAACUUUUUGACCUCAUGUAACCCAGUUCUUAACUUCACCUAUAUUUCAUACAGCCAAUUCAUUUCACAUUUGCUGCAUUUAUAAGCCGUUUCUUUCCCCGCUGGUAACUGGCUAGGCAUUCGUUUGGCUUCCAGGCAACGUCUGGGUCUGUCAUAUGUAUGCCACUGAGAGCCGGUCUUUCAAAAUAGGCUAAGCAGCAAAUUAUAUAUAUUUUUUGCUAUAAAAUUAGGAUAAAUAUCAUUAAGAUCGGGUCAAAAUUGUGACCUCCAGAGUGUUUAUAGUAAAAAAGUUAAUGAUGGACCACAGAAACAGGACAAUUUAAUAGAAAAGAAAAUGAAAUUAAUUUUUACUGUAGUGUAACCCCCGAAGAGUUUUGCCAAAGGAGAAUGGUUCCCAUACUAGGACUCUGGUUAUAGAUACCUGUACAAAAAUGAAUUCCCCAUCUUUACAGUAUCAAAAUGCGACCAAUAGCAUGAAAACAAUUACAUAAAAUUUAUAUAACUGACACUCUACUGCAUAUAUAAGGCUAAUCGUCACAUCGAAAAUUCAAUUUAUUAGAGACAAAGU